AUGCCUCGAGCUCUUACUCUCCAGCAUAUCGAAGGUGCCAAGCCUGGAAAGGUCUACUAUCCACUCCAGAUUAAGCAAAUACCCAAACCAACACCUGGCCCAAAUGAGGUUCUAGUCAAUCUCUCCGCGGCGGCGCUCAACCAUCGUGAUCUUUUUAUGCGUCGCCAUCUCUACCCAGCCAUCUCCUUCACCAACCCAAUGCUAGCUGAUGGCUACGGUACUGUUGUCGCUCUUGGGGCCAACGUAACCCGCAAGAACCUCCUCAACAAGCCUGUCAUCCUCACCCCCAUGCGCGGCUGGGAAUCGGACCCUGCUGCACCAGAGGACAACCGCAAGUUCGCCGUCACUGGCGGCUCAAAGCUCACUGAAGUCGGCACCGCUCAAGACUAUAUUGUGGUAUCCGAAGAGGAAGUCGAGCCUGCACCCGAACACCUCACGCCCGCCGAGGGCGCAGCUCUGCCACUGGUCGGGCUCACGGGGUGGCGUGCAUUGGUCACCAAGAGCAACGCUGCCUUUCCUGGCGCAAAUGUGCUUAUAACAGGCAUUGGGGGUGGUGUUGCGCUGCAGGUACUCCAGUUCGCUGUGGCCAAGGGUUGUAACGUAUUUGUCACAUCUGGCGACGAGGCAAAAAUCUCAAAGGCCAAAGACAUGGGUGCCCAAGGCGGAGUCAUCUAUAAGAACGAGGCGUGGGAUAAGGAGCUUCGAGCACAAUUGCCAGCUAACAGACCAUAUAUCGAUGCUGUGAUUGACGGCGCAGGCGGCGAAGUUGUGAACAAGACUGUGCGACUGCUCAAAGCUGGCGGAGUUAUUGUGCAGUAUGGUAUGACUGUGGCUCCCAAGAUGGACUGGCUAAUGUCGGCCAACCUGCAAAACAUCGAGCUCAAAGGAUCAACAAUGGGUUCUCGCAAGGAGUUUCGGGAUAUGGUUGCCUUCGUCAACGAGAAGAAGAUCCGACCUGUUGUCAGUAGAACAGUCAAGGGGUUGGAUAACAUUCAAGGGAUUGAUAACCUCUUUCAAGACAUGGAUAAGGGCAAGCAGUUUGGCAAACUGGUAAUCGAAUGGGACUCGGACACCGAAUCAUCAUCAAAGCUGUAG